CCCGCCCCCCUCCCCCCACCAGGCCCUUAGCAGUGUAGCGUUUUGGUUUUGCUUGCGUAGUGACGAGUGGUCAUACCUUCGGUAGAUAGAAAGAUAAAAAGUCCCCCCCUUCCCCCAAGGGCCAGACCGGACUUAGCUGUUGGACUCUACAUACCGCCUAGAUAAACAUUACAAGGACCACACCAGAGAAUAAUCACAUAAACAUCCUCUUCCCCUCUCCUCUCUCCGUCCUCUUCAUCCUCAUCGACCUUGACCAGACUUCCCCAAUCCAACAAUCCAAUCCAAUCCAAUCCAAUCCAGACUCCUCGACAUCUCCUCGACAUCUACCAUAUCAACCAUCGUCGAUAUGAAUACCUCCGAUUUCCGAACGUCUCAGGGCGAGUUUGACUUCGCCGGUGGCGGGGUCAACAGUUCCAGCAUGCUUCACGCCCUCGCCCUCGCCCUCGGCGGAGGCCUCAUCUACCUUUCCCUCAAGAACAAGCGAUUCGCAAACCUUCCAUCUCCCGGCGAUGUCAUCAUAGAGGAGCAGAGACCCGAACCGGAGAAGCAACCCCUCGAACCCUUGUCAAACUUCAAUUAUGCAGCUACCCCGCCGAUCAGGUUUCGCCCCUACAAGCCAAAGUUCCACCUCACGAUGGCCAUCCAGUCCAUGUCCCCCAACGACCUGAUCCUGCUCGACAACUCGUACCGAAGACGCCUCGCGUACCGGCGCCACCUCCUCGUGUCUAACCCGUCCGAGACAUACGGCCACCUGCCCAAUGCCUCAUACGCCGUGUCCGAGUUCUACACCUACAUCUUCGACUCGCACCUACCGACGCGGUUCCCAUGCCAGUUCUCCAAGUCGCCAUCUGGCACGCUGGUGCAGAACCACACGACGAGCAACACGUACCCGAUCAUCCCGCAGUCGGCGCCGAACGCGCUGCGGGCGCUCGGCGAGAACCUCGACGAGGACUUUGUGUUUCUGCUGCCAUCCGACGACGGCAGCUGGGCGGUCAGCGCGUUCGUCGUGUGCUUCCCCAACGGCUUCGGCCUGGGCGAGAAGCUGGGCUGGAAGAUUGGCGAUGUGCACGCGCCCGUGCCGGAGUUCAAGGCGAAGCUCGGCAAGAGCCUCGAGCGCUUCCUGGCAAAGCUACGCCCUGGCGUCGAGAACGGCGUGCAGCGCGUCAACUGGGGGAUUGCAGCUACAGAUGAGCUGUUUACCCCCGCUGGCACUCACGUCUACGACGGCGAGGUCGUGGGCGACGACAUGAAUAUCCGUGCGGAGGAGUGCGUGCUCAGGGUUGAGCGCCAGACGCUCUGGAAGCUCCCCGGCACGGGCGCGGUCGUCUUCGGCAUCAAGACGUACACCACGCCGCUCUCGGAGAUCAAGGCUGAGGACGGCGAGGCGGAGCGCUUGGCACAGGCUGUCGAGGGACUGGGAGACGAUAUGGGACGAUACAAGGCACGGGGCGUCUGGGGAAAGACGGUUCUGGAUUACCUACGGAAUUGAGCUUUGGAUGGGUGAGAUCUGCAACUAUGGGGUUUUUGGAGGGGCAUGUUUUGCUUCGGUUCGGUUCGAUUAUUGCUUGUUUUGCUUUUUUCUAGGAGUUUUUAGGGGUUCUGGGGGUUUUUGGAUAUUUGUUGUUUGUUUUUGUUGCUUGGUUCUUGCGCUUGUUACGGUUCAGCGGUGGGCUCGGGGUUUAUGCUUGCUGGGUCUGGUCAUUUUUGUCUUACUUUUCAUUUUUUGGUCUUCGUUCUCUAUGUACGUUUCGGGCGGGCUGGCUGGGGGAUUGCGAUGGUGGAUCUCAUGCAGUGGGGCGGACA